GCAACAUGUUGAGAAUUACACUUCUUUUCUGCUUGGUAGCUGGGUAUCAGGCAUCGUUACCUGGACCUUGCCCAAAAGUAUCCGGAGAGUUAGAAGAUUUAAAUGCAGUUGCCGGAAGGUGGUAUUUGCAGAAAAUGAGCGACAAUGUUAUCGAUAAUACUAUAGCAUGUACUGAACUGUAUUGGAAUAAACCUAACAGCAAUGGUGAAUCAUUACUUAUCUACAAUAGUUAUUCAAAGAAGGCCGACGUAUACAUAACCACUGUGUCUGAUGCAACAUCAAGUCCCGAUGGUACAAAUAUCGUGUACCACUUCCCAGUUUCUGGACCUAGAUACCAAAAACGUUACAUUUUCGGUGACGAUUUCAGCCGAUAUGCAAUUCUGUGGACCUGUGAAAAUAAUGGAACUAUGCAUGAUGAAAGCGCCUGGAUCUAUUCACGACAACCAUAUGCAUCAGCUGAACAUAUAAACAGCUAUUUACAAUGGAAAUUGGCCCGUCUUGGACUUGAUCUAUCGCUUCUCAAGAACGUCGAUACCAGAAACUGUUGGUAA